UGUUACAGAAACACGUGUUUAGCGCAAAAAUGGCAAUCGAAAUUGUUCGUUUCACUCUGACAGGUACUAGUAAUUCUGAUUGAACUUAAAAACAAGAGGUUUUUGGUAAAUUAGAGCCUAUGAGAUGUUCGGAAUGGCUAGAGAUCUGAGCCGCAAGAAGAAGGACAGGCGAGUGAGUGCCAACAGACUUCCAAAGGGAGCCUACCAUUUGGACAAAAGGCUUGUUCCACGGAUUAAAGAGGUGGGUAGGUAGGCAGGUAAACGUGAUUUAAACAUGGUGUCAUUAAUUCACACAAGUGCUCCUCCAUCGGGUAGUGUUUUUAUACAACAGAUGACGUACUAAGUAACUUAAAUUACUUGUCUAAAAAAUUCUAAAUUGUUAUUAUCAAAGCAUAAGGGCAUAAUAGUUUUUCGAUAUUUUGAUGUUUAUGUGUUGAACUCAGUAAAGAUGCCCAGAUAUUUAAUGCAGUUCAGUUCCUCAAUGGUGUGUAAAUCAAGUUUAAGUUUAUUUGCCUUGGGGGUGAGGAACGUAUUCCUGGUAUAUUCUAUCAAACAAAACCAAACAAAAAAUUAAACCCAAUCGUUCAAUUGUUGUUUGAUUGGUUGGGUAAUCGCACAUAAACAGACUGAAACUUCUUGGGCAGUUUGAUUAGUUCCAUUUCUUAACUCAAUUGAACCAAUCAAACAAAGUCAACGCGAUUACUUCAAUUUUGUCCGGCAGAAAGACAAAAUAUUCACAGCCAUCGUCAGUUACCUAGAGCUGGGUCCCUAUCACCCCUUUUCACCGACACCAUUAAAUAAAGAAAAUUAUUAAAAAGAAUUAUUAUUAUUAUUGACUCCUUACUUAUUUACACGAUUGUUUCAACAGUACUUAAACCAGUUUAGAAGAGGCCAUCAGCCAGAUAUUGAAGAACUCGUAAGCCACUUGCAGACGAGAUACAGGUGAGUUGACUCUGUUUGAGUUAUAUUACCAGUAUGUGGAACUUCAUACAUUCUUAUUUUUGUGUGUCUGGAUGUCAAUAAAACUGGUAAAAUUUACCCUUUUCUCCUGUGCAGGGUGGCAAGAGAUGUCUAGAUUUGUGAGAUAAGAUGCAUUCUCUUCCCAUCCGGAGAGUGUUAUUAGUUAUGUAACAGAACAGUGGCAAAUCUAGGGGAGGGACCCUUCAGAGUUAUCACUGAGGAAAAUUUUGAAGGUCAAGAGUCAUUGUUGAGACAAGUUGACGUGAGUGCUGAUGGUACAGGCUUGUGGGAACUUUUUUUCACAUCAAGAAAAAUUUAACAGCACCACUGGGGACCUUUUCAUUCAGAAUUUACUGUUGACAAGAAAUUAAGUGUCUGUCUCCAAGCUCUAGCUGUAUUUCAUGCAGGCUUUUAGCCAGACAUUGAAAACUGGCCAUCCAGAAGGCAUGCAUGUUUUCCCAUAAAAUUGUAAGAGAUUAAGUGAAUUUUCCUUGUAUUUCUUCCAAAAAUGGGAUUCCAAAGGACACUGGACACCCCUCCCCCUCUAGCUUAAACCUUUAACUCCUGUCUUAGUAUUGCUAAAAAAUAAUUUAAUUUAAUUUUUUUCUCAAAGUGAGUAUUCCAGGAGAAAGAGAAAAGCAUUUAAGUCAUCUGUGGAGAAAGGUAAAUAAAAUUUGAACAAGAAAUUGAACAAGCAAAAAAAAACAGACUGAAGUAACUAAAAAAAACAUACAUUUUAUGGUUUUGCCUCAUUUAAUGUUAUCUAUUUACCUGAGUUAUUGACUUAAAUACUUAAAUUAUUACUCCUGCACUCUCAAGUUGAUUCACAAGUUUAUUGUAUCGACUUAUUGGCACAAUAGAAGUGAAAAUUAUUAUUUAUUACCAUUAUUUAAAUUAUUUAUUUAUUUCUUAUUUCAAGUCUAAAUGAUUUCAUUUUCAAAAAGUAUAUUUGUUUUCAAGGUCUGAUUCUCUAACUUUAUUCUCUUCACUGUAACUUUUAUAAUAAUUAUUAAUUUAUUACUGUUUUAUUUCUGUCAGUUGUGGAUGCAAUUUGUAAGGAGGAAGAGGAAGAAAAACACUUGCAGGAACUGGAGGAAAGAUUUCUUCAAAAAAGAAAAUCUUCACCUGCGUUCAGGUACAAAAAUAAUUGACUGUGCUAAUAAUAAUUAUAUUAUUAUUGUCCUGAACAGGGAGGGGAAUUGACCAGGGUAUGAAUUCAGUUUUUGGGUCUUAAACAGGGUAUACAACUACAGGGUUGUCAUUAAGAGCCGGGGGCCGGGGAUUUUUCCCGGCUACUAAGAGAGUGGCCCCUGGCUACUUUUAUUGGAAAAUAGAAGAAAAAUAGAACUAAAAGAAAUCCCUAGCCGUUUGAUUCCCCGCCUACUUGUUGUGUUUACCCGGCAACUUGAAAUCUUAGUGACAACCCUGCAACUAUUAUUCACUAUUUAGCAUCUUAAAUGGGGUCUGUACUGCACUUAUUAUAACUAAUCCAUUUGACAAGGUUUUCGGUGCGUGCGUGAGUGUGUUUAUAAAAUAAAUGAAAUGGUCAGUGACUUUAAGGAAAUAAGUUUUUUUUUUCAAAAUAAUUUUAUAAUUUCACUGGUUAUUCCAAAGUGCAAAAUAUUCCUUGUGUAAAGCAGGUGUGAUGGAUUGGUUAUCUUGGCUUUUAAAUGGGGUUAAGGCAUCUUAUCUUAAGACAAGGUAGCCAACUGGAGAGAUUCUGUCGUAAACAGGAUCAAGGUUUGUAGGCCUUACCUGAACCAACCUAUUGUAGCUGCUAUUUAAGCUUUUAUUACAGCGUUUAUUUAUUUUAAACAAUAUUUAGUCAGGGGUACCCAGUUCAGUGAGGCUGGUUUGAAUUGGGCCCUGAUGCAAAAGAAAAAACAACACUCAAGACAAAUAUAGAUAAAACAGAAUGGUGCAACUAAGUACAACAAAAAGUAGCAGAGGCUCAAUUUGGCUUGGAUCUAAAGUGCCUUUUUAGGCCAAAUGCAAACUUAUUAAUAUUAUGCUCACUCCUCAGGUCCCAGAGGAAGCGUGUUCCAGAUCUUGGCUCCACUGGACCUGAAGGAGCCCCGUUACUUAGUUGAUAUUUUGAUAUUUUGUGACAAAUUCUUUUCCAGAGAUCUUAAAGGAAGUGAUAAUGAAAAUAACUCUGAUGUUGACAAGGGAAGCAACAGCAAAAGUUUGGAGAUAUCGAGUGAUAGCGAGCUGUCUCUCGAAGAUGAACCAUUGAUGGAGGUGCAGGUGAGUAAGGCUAGCUAAAUAUUUUAAUACGCCCCUUUUUAUGGAGACUUACAGUGUGACUAUUAUAACUGGGGCCACCUAGAUAAAGUUGACCAAUCAGAUUACAGGAAAAUAACAAUACAUUCCGAGAAAGUUAGUUGUCAAUCAUAAAUUACCAUGAAACGAAAAAAACAACAUGGAUUGAAAUCAACCAAUCACAACCUACAGACAUGACCUUUUGAACCUGCUGAAGAAAGCCAGUGUUUCCUGAGAGGUCCCUUAAAGGAGGGUGAGUGUCGCAUGUUACCUCAAAGCACGGCAAUGCAAUGGUAGCAAAGAAAUUGCUGGUAGAUGACAAAAUACCAGCAUGUGUCAAAGAAAUAAUGUCUCCUGGGUGUUAUAUGUAAAGUUUCGAAUACAUAAACAUUGUCUUCUUGAAAAAAGUUUGUUAUCAUUAUUUAUACAUUUUGUACUUUGAGUAACUUUUUGUUUUUUUAUGAGCUGCUGAUUGGCCCACAACCAACUUUCUGAUUAUUGGAAUGUUUUGUUAUUUUCCUGUAAUCUGAUUGGUCAACUUUGUCUAAGUGGCCCUGGCUACAGUAAUCGCACUGUAAGUGGUCCUGCAUAGAAGGGUCACUCCUCUACUGUACCUGAGCUACCCUGGGCAAACCAACUUUUCACACAUUUCCUUACAAAACAUAGAAAGCCGGUUACAUAUGAGGGUGACUGGCACCCUUUUUCCAUUGUAGGGUUAUCUUCUUAGCUGGGUCAAUUUUUUAACCUUGACACAAACUUUGAACUAGUCCUCAAGAAAUGCUGUGGGAAACAUGCUUAUAUUUGAAAUUUUAAUUAUCAGAGAUAAUAAUUUAAUAGACUGACACUCAACUCUCAAGAAAUCUCCAUCUGAGCAAACCUUAACCACAAAUCAUGUGCAUUUCUUAGCUUUUGAUUAUGAUGACAUGCAGUCAUCGAAACGUCAAGUUUCUUUUUAUCAUUACUUUUUGUUGUAAAAUGUAUAACAUUCUUUAGUAAUUGCAUUGUGCAGGUAAUUCUUUUUUUUCUUUUGUUGUCUUUUUGUUGCUAAGUUAAAGAAAGGGUGACUGUAUGUAUAAGAUCUGGGGCCUGUUUCCCGAAAAGCUAUUUUAUGUUUGCUGACUGUUUUGUCAAAGUUUCAAUAAUUUUGAAAAUGAUACAAAAAUGAAAGUAUCAGUUAAUGAAGCAAAAUCAACCAUGUUGUGAGCUAGGAACUGUGCUACUAUACUGUUCAACAGGUUUAGAUUACAAAUUUGCCGUUGAACCUAAAGAGUUAUUGGGCCUUUUGAGAAAUGGGCCCGGGGUGUGUUUCUUGAGUGAUUUGUUGAAGAUUAAUCCUUAAUAAUCAUUGCAACUUUGUUAUGUAGGACACUAAUCUGAUGAAUCAAUCAAUGCAAACCCUUUACAAGGCUACAAAUUCAUGUCCAACGUCUGAAGAUGAAAGAGCUUUGGACUUGGUUAAAGAUCCUACUACACCACAACAUGAUAAAAAAGGUAACAAAUAAUGGAUAUACCAUGGCAGUGCAGAAACAUAAAAUUUCUCUUUGACUGUUUAAAAAUAUUUCAUGAGUGAGCACAGCACCCACAUGAAAUAUUUUUCAACACAAGAAGGGAAAUUUUAUAUCUCGAUCCAGAAAGGUCUUCUUUAUUGUAUAAACACCAAUGAAAUACCAAACCAUUUUUCUAUGGUGAAAGGUACAAUUUAUCAUGUUGCCAAUAGCAACUGUGAUCUAUUCAUGUGUGAAGUUAACAUGUUAUUUUCACAUGUGCUGAGAUAUCGUUCAUUUGAUAUAAUUAUAUGGUUAUAUAAUUGAUGCACUUUUUGUGUUUUAGGCUGGUUAUAACUCCCACUGGUUAACUUAAAAAAAAUACAGGGAAUUGCUUUUAUAAAAUAACUUGAAAGAACAAAGUAUCUCUUUUUCUAUAAAAGUCCACAAAAUGAGGCCUUUUUAUGUGUUAAUGUGAAGGAUGUAGAUAUGCAAAUGGUAUAUGCUUAUUUUCUAGGUGAUCUGAAACUCUGUGUUAAUUUUGUUUUCAACUUUAAAGUUCUCCAUAAUUUUCCUUCACAGGUGUGAUUUCACAAGGUGAUGGCUUAGUGCUUGUGAAACAAAGCCAACCAGUCAACUUAAGUCAAAAUCUGGAGAUCACAUCAAAUUUGCAUACCCCACAUGGACCUCAACUAACUCCACAGGAGAGUAUGCCACUUACUGACACAAGCGUCAAAAGAAAAAGAGUUUUCAGUGAAGAAGGGAAAAGGACAUCUUCAUCUACGCCUAAGAGACCCAAAAAAGGUUUAGGCAAGAAUAUGAAGGAGAAACAGAGUGAAGAAACUGGUAAAAAUUACAAAGUUUUCAUUUCUUAAAACCUUGGCUAAGAAUUUGCUUUUUAGGUUUAGAGUUUAUUACCAGUUAUCGUGGAGUUGGCUGCCCUGUGCACUGAAUUUUGUUUCUUGUUAGAGAAAAAAACAGAGCUGUAGUCUGACCUUAAAAUAAUUAACUAUGAAUAUUCAUUCUUGAAAUUUGUACCAUCGUCAUCCAAAGUGUGUCGUGGUUUUGUAUUUGCUUGCAAUAUCUGGCUUUUCUUGCAUAGACAAGUCUAAAUUCAAAAGUCCCUUUACCAGCAGGGAAGUUUUCAUCACCUCUCACAGUUGCAUUCUCAGUCAAUGAAUUCACCUAGAUGAUUGGAUGGUCAUUGUUGUCAUAUAAAUUCACUUUGGUCUCAAGACAAAAGGUGAGCGUAUAUGGCGGGAGGUUUAUAGCCCUUAUGUCUAUUCAGGGUACAACUUAUGCAGCCCAUUGUUGUCAUGUGACUAAAUUAAGGUUGUGUGAUGACACAACCUCCAAUUUCCUUUUCUGGCUAAAGACUGUGAGACUUGAAUCACCGCUGAAAGAAAUCCAGCUUGCAAGAUGUGGAAUAUACUAACUUUUUUAUUGUUCAUUUUUUAUCAUUACUUUUGGUAGAUUUUGAGCCAGCACAGUCAUCAGUCAAGUUUUCAGAUAUUGGAGGCUGUGAAGAGACUGUGGAACAAGUCUGCAAACUGCUGGUUCAUAUGAAGCACCCAGAGGUGUUCCGUACCCUUGGAGUGACCCCGCCUAGGGGCUUUCUCCUUCAUGGCCCCCCUGGAUGUGGCAAGACCCUUCUAGCUCAUGCUAUUGCUGGGGUAGGCAAAGUUACACUGCUGAAACAAAUAAUUCAAAUGAAACUUAACAGGGUUAAAAACCCAGACUGGCCAGAGGCAAACCAUCUGGCUAUCUAAAAGCAUGGCCAAGGAUUUGAACUCGGGACUACCGUGAACAAAUUCAUCUUGUGGUCAGAGCGGGACUUGAUCUCGGGGCCUCUGAAUUGCAAGUCCGGCGCUCUAACCACUCAGCCACCCUGCCUCUUUAAAUAAAUAGUAUCUAAUAGGUAGAGCUUGCAAGUUGCCUGAGUUAGUGUGAGUCCUUCUGGGUCAACCCUGUUCGCUGUAAAACUCUAGCAGACAGACACUGCAAGUUUGUAGUCACCAGCUAGGGUCUGGUGGGUGUCCUCCUAAUUCAGUUUUCACUGGACCUCUACCAUUGAGUGAGCUGUGAAUUGAACAACAGUGUCUCAAUGUCUUUAUGUUAUCACUGUGAAAUAAAAAGGGUUCUAGAAUUACUAAACAACUUCCCAACAUAAAAAGAAGUGAUUGUAUUUCAUAUUAAGAUGCAAGUCUGAAACAAUGUGGUACAAACUCAACAGAUUGACUCUAUCAAAAUGAGAUGAGAUGGAGAGUCAUAUUUCUACUGAUGUAAAUCGUUUGUCUGUAGGAGUUAGAAAUGCCAUUCAUCAAACUUGCUGCCACAGAGAUUGUUUCAGGAGUAUCUGGAGAAUCAGAGGAGAAAGUCAGAGAGCUGUUUUCACGAGCUGAGGUAAGAAAUCAGAGUUAAGGCUAAGAUAUUUGAGCCUGUGGCAUUUGUAAAGCUCACACAACGUUUCCAUGUUGUGCUGGGUACCGAUAGAUGCCAACAGUAAUACUCAUUCUUCUGUAUCCAGUUACUGACAGUUUAAUCUGCUGGUUUUGUGGAGAGUGAGAUAAAUAUGCUUUGAGAAGCUUUGUGGAAGAUAUUGCAGUAGUUAGGCUCAGUUAUUGGGAGAUUUUAAGAAUAUUUCGAUUUCUGCCUCUUGGUUAGUUUGGAUAAUUUUUUGGUACCCCUUAAAAAAUACAUUUUUGCUCAGAAAAACAUUUUUUCAGCUAGAGAUCUUCCAUGGCAGGGCUUGUCGGUGGCAGAAAUGUUAUUAACACCAUAAAUAACCUUAUAAACGCCUGCAGCGUCUUUCUAAUUUUAGGGUCCAAGCGGGGGCGUUUAACGCAUAGGAAGCGUUUAAAAGGCAGAGGCGUUUCUUCUCAUAACUAAAGCAAGCUCAGCAAAACCAAUAUGCUUUCGGCGAAACUCGACAAAGUUUAAAAUUAGCGCAAUAUCCACUCCAUCAAUUGUCCAUCUAGGUCAAGGCCGUCUAGAGAUCCUUAUCGCUUUCUGAAAUCCCAACAUCGAUAUCAGAAUCCUCGGUCAGGGUUAUUGUGUUGCCAUCGUUAGUCUAUCCUUACUUUGAAAUACGAAAAGCCUUGUCGAUCAAGCAAGAAACUGAAUGAAUUAAAUGAUGUUUGCUCUUUUUUGCUGAUUUCUAGUAUUGUGGGGAAAUUCUCUCCAGGAGGACGCCUAUUGAGCAGGGGGCGUUUAUUAGAGAGGGGCGUUUAAUACAAUUUUAACAGCGUAUAGGGGGUUUUUAUUAGAUGACAAGCGUUUUUUUGGAAGUGGUCUCCUAUUAGGUCAUUUACUGUAUUUGCAGUGGUCUCUUUUUUGAAAAUGUCUUUUUUAGACCCAUGCACCUUGUGUGUUGUUUCUUGAUGAAAUUGAUUCCAUCACACCUAAGAGGGAAACAGCAUCUAAAGACAUGGAACGCAGAAUUGUCUCACAGCUCCUUUCCUGCAUGGAUGGUAAGUUUGCUUUAGGGUAGCGAUUUAGCGACGCCAUUACUGGUUUCCCUGCCAAAUGAAGUCUGAGGAACGACUGCGCAUGCACAACUUCUGUGCUGAUGACGUGUCACUACCCAGAUCUGGCUAAUGCUGCUGAUUGGUUGAAGCAAAUUUGCCACUUGGCACGACCAAUCAGAAGCACUCCUAGAUCUGGGUAGUGACACGUCAUAAGUGUGGAAUUUCUGCGCAUUUUCCUCCGACGUCAUUUCAAGGGGAAACCAGUGGUAGUGUCGCGAAAUAUUGGUUGUUUUCUCAGGCUAGUCUUAGGGACGAAUAAAAUCUUUUGUCAUCCACUGAUAUCCAUAAAAGACCCUUCCCACAAUCCACUCAGCUCAAUAAGCGCACAAAGCGAAAGAGGUCAAGACUUGGGUGGACAGUUUCACCAUACAAGUCAUCGUGUUGAAUUAUGGUCGUUGCGCUGUAAAGUCGUUUCGCUGCAUCAUAAAGUCGAUUCGCCACAAUCAACUUUUUGUAUUAAACAGUUUAAAACAAUUUAGAAUGAACUACAAGCAGGUAAUAACGAGUUAAGUUGGCGAAAGGGCUUUAGAACUUUGCAGCGAAUCGACAUCAUUAUGCAGCGAAACGACUUGUAGCGAGACGACUUUGUAGCGAAACGACCAUACUCCAUUAGGUUUUGCCACGCCAGCCUUCGGGUUGGUGCUUUUUCGUGGCAAUGCGGCAAUGGUCUAUAAGGUUCUUUUCUAAUUUUCUUCUCAGACCUGAACAGUAACCCAGAUGCGCAUGUGCUGGUGAUAGGAGCCACCAACCGGCCUGAUUCACUUGAUCCUGCUCUACGACGUGCUGGUCGCUUUGAUCGGGAAAUUGCAAUGGGUAUACCAGAUGAGAAGGCUAGAGAAAGGUCAGAGAACUUGCGUGUUUCAGCCUGUGGCCUUCUGUACAUUUUUCCCCAUUUCUGGAUUCACCUCGCUUUGUGAACACCGCACUUUUACUGGUAGUCCGCAUUCUAUCUUGUACUCCGCUAAAACGGACAGCAGCUAAAUCCUCGGGAAAUGUUGUAGAGGUUUCACUGAAAAGCCCGUUACCACUGACCCCCGCUGGUACAGAAGUAAGGACACUUCAGUCCCGACAGCUUGAUUUUAUUGUACUAGCUUUCGUGUAAAUUGGGAUCGAGAACAUCUUUGAAUUUCCUCCUUCUUGUUGGUUAGAUAUACGCUUCUUUUGCCACCUUUAUAUACAUGUAAAAAAACCCUCUCUUCACCUCAAGGCCAGUUUGUAGACACGGCUCCUUGGAUCGUCCAAAAAAUGUAUGUGUUUCCUCCCGUCAUGCUCGCGUGCAUGACAGCGUAUAUGAAGUAUGGGGCUUGCAUGAGAUAAUUCGAGCUAGCUUUUUCGCUCCUCACACAAGACAGCCCUGAUUUGCGCUCUAAAUUUUUCAUGCGCGUCCUACACAGGCUACUCUAAAGUGAUUGUAUUACGGACUUUUACUGCUACGGCUGCUCACUCGCAGUUUCGCGCGGUUCCGAGGGUGUCCUCAGUCACUAGAGAGAUUAAGAUUCACGUUAACGCCAAACAGCAAACGUGAAUUUGUACCACGUGACCAAGUUUUCCCCUUAAUUGGCGUCUACUGUUUAUUACUUCUACACAAAAAUAAGUAGUUUCUCGCCAGUUUUAUCCACAAGAAUUGUUCUGGACAGUUUUUAUCUACGUAUUUUCUAUUCUGAGGAAUUCUCAACUUGAAUCUGACGUUUGCCGUUUGUCGUAAACGUGACUCACUAUUAAUAACUGGAGUUUGACUGUUAGCUGAACAAUGCGUGAAUUGUUUUUGUUGUUUUGCUUUAUGUGAUUAACAUCCCUCAUAUUGUUGAAUCUAAAUCGCUAACUGUUCUUCUGUAGAAUUCUACGAGUCUUAUCUGAAAAGCUGAAACUCGAACAAGACUUCAGUUUUGCUGUGUUAGCCCGCCUUACUCCCGGGUUUGUUGGAGCAGAUCUCAUGUCCCUCACAAGAGAGGCUGCGUUAAUAGCUGUCAACAGGUAUCAAAUUGCUCUUCGCCAUACAAUGAUGUAACAUGAGGUGAAGUUUAACUAGUCCCCAGUGCUUUAUCCGCCAUUUUGAAUGUAGAGAAACGAACAUAAACCAAAAAGCACUGAGGACAAGGCUGAGAAUCAUGUCAUUGAGGUCACUUAGUUUUUUUGAAGUUGUCCGCUGACUAGGUAGCAAUUUCACUAUUUACUACGAAGGUAACGGUUAAAAGUUCAUUGUUUUAAGUAAAUGGCAAAGUAAAUUGUCAAUAUUUAAUAGAAGCUUCGCUUUUACGCGUGGUGGCUAAAUUUAUAGAUAAGUGGCGUUUUUAAAACCCGUGUGUAUUAGUUUUUCUUUAAGGCGUACCCCGUGAAAGGUUCUAGUAUUCUAGUUUGUUAUAGUUUUCGCUUUUUACUAAUUUAACCGGCAUUGAAGUAGUUGAGUUGAUCGUAGUUCGUUUGAAGCCGUCAAGUUAUUUGAUGAAGUUUGAGGCGACUCAGCUGUAGCGGUGCCUCAUGCUUUGAGUAAUGUUAUAAUUAAUUGAUUAAUUAAUUCAAUUUGACGUAACAUUUAAAAUGACGUAGGAUAUUUCAAGGACUACAAUUUCAGAGGGGCCAAGUAAAGUGCACAAGUGAACCGGAAGAGAAGCAAACAGUUCUCAGCCCUGAUGUUGCAGAGGAAAACUUGAACAAAACAACGCAAAUAUUUAGUGGUAAGAGUUAUAUUUGUUAACGUACGGUUGUUAACUGAAGGCAGUAGGGCCCUCUGGGCCUUGAAAGGUAGCUGCCUCGUACCAAGCCGCUUCUUGGGAUUUUCUGAGAUAGUCGCGGCGCAAGGGGUCAUGGUCUUGUGCCAAAAGCUUUCCCAUGAUCUUUGUGCCGCGACCACCUCAGAAAAUCCCAAGAAGCGGCUGGUUACGAGGAAGGGAAGGUAGCUUAAAACGUUUGUCAGGAUCUAAGAAAGUGAAUCAUGUUAUUGUUUUUCCAGCGUGGGAUCUUCAUGUUCCUUUAAUCUUAAAUGCUUGAUGAUCUGUCUUCUUAUCUAAAAGGGACUGUGCCACGGGAUUGCGGUCAAUUUUGUUUGGUCGCAGUGAAAGAUAACAUUCCAAACAAACUAGAAACGCUGUUAGACUAAAUAAUUUUUAAACAUCCCAACUGACACUUUCAAAUGAUCUGUUUUUCGAUUUUUCAAUGUUGCCCAUUUGUGCCUUCUCUUGUAUUUGUACUGUUGAAACCUUUCUCCAAUGUUUGAAGUGGUUGUUUAUAUGUUUAACUCAAAUUUCACGUUACAGCAAAAAUUCGUCACAGCUCCUUUAAGGGUGAUUCCACUGUCGCGUAAUUUACGUGCGCAUGCUCGUACCAGUUACGCGCGUAAAUGAAAUAGAGGCAAUGUAUGAAAGGCGGCGCGUAAACGUACAAGUUGAGCGCGGUUCACCUUUUACAAGUACGCGUGAGCUUCCAUACAAUGCCUCUAUUUUAUUUACGCGCGAACGCUAGUGAAAAUUACACGACAGUGGAAAUCUACCUUAAGGGAAAAAAAUAAUACGAAAAAAGGUUUUGUAACACCUUUCUAGACUGAAACGAUUUCAACAGUGGCAAUACUGUUAAACGUUGCUGUGCCAUAGCCUUCCAUUUAAACUUUCAGUCACCGCGUUUCUACUCCCACACAAUUACAGUAAAUACGUUACUUGAUUUUAAUUGUUGCUCAGGUUUUCCGUCACUUUCUUACUGCAGUUACGGACUGGUUAAGGGAACAGUCACCGCUAACAGAAGAGGAGUUACAGAAGCUUUGUAUUAACAUGGAUGAUUUCAAAGUACGGUCUUAUAUUUUUAUUGUUCUUCCUUUAUUAGCUAUUACAUUGCUUGCUGUCAUACACUUUCAGUCAUUUUGUGAGCUUGAUUUUUGAUCAACCAACCGGCCGAAAAAAAGAAAAUGGCAACAAUACAAUAGAAAAAAGCCGCUCCAUCGGUUUUGCUUUUACAGUUUCCAUUUGUUGUAGCCUACCCGUAGUGCUGACUUUUUAGGGGGUGGGAGUGGUGGUAAGCAUGCGUUCACUGUUUAAUAUGUUUAGUCGCCAUCUUUGAUUUUGAAAGCAGAGGGCAAGGAUUGCAUGGUUGGUUUAUGUGCGGCCUUCGGUGCGCGAGGUCCCGAGUUCGAUCCUCCGUGAAAUCACAUCCUUGUUUCGACUUCUCUUCUUUCUGUGUAGCUUCAACUGCAAUACUUCAUAUACCCUUAAAACGGAGCAUUGACGGUUGGAGAGAGAGGGUUAAAAUGAGCGCACUGUCGUCCUCAAGUUUAUCAGUUGAAUUACUAUCAUGAGUUAUCGACGAAAAAUGUUGUUGCUUUAUCUUUUGACCUUCAGAGAGACUAUAAUACGAGCGCAUUCUUGUGCCCUUUUGUCCCCAGAAAACAUCUGUAUCGCAGCCUACAUUGUGUUAAUCCGAGAGCAACCCUGUUGCUUUUUACGUUCGCGUUUGAAUCAUUGCAUUUCUCUACUUUACAGGCGGCUCUAUUGAUUGUUCAACCAUCAGCCAAAAGGGAGGGAUUUGCUACUAUCCCGGAUGUAACUUGGGAGGAUGUCGGCGCACUCAAAGACGUUAGAGAGGAGCUCACCAUGGCGAUAUUGGUAAUAAAAUAAUGUGGUGUUUUGAAUUCUUCCUCCUUUAGACUCAGUGUAGAUGAGUAGAAGAUAAUCAAUCCUGUCUCCAACUAUGUGGGGGGGGGGUCAUCAAGACCUUGAGAUAAGGGCGGGCGGUCUCCAAAAAAAUUUUUUUCGGCCCUUUGGGCCUCAUUUUGGUCGAAAAAUAACGGGGGGCCCCUCCCGGCCCCUUCCCUGGAUCCGCUACAGCACAUCGGAUAGGUGUUUAUACCAUACCCGAUAGCUUUUCGUGUCGGCCCGAAAAGCUACUCGGUAUAGAGUGAACAUACUCUAAGAUGUUAUGACAACAACGGCGACGAAAAGUUCAAAAAGGCGAAAGGUUUGAUUCGCAAAACAACAAUUCAGCACGUGCAGCACUCUUUUUGGUGCGUUUCUUUGCCGUCACUGAACGACUACGACAUGAGAUUGGUCUCACAGGGAUUGUAAACAAACGGCAAUUACUUUUUCUUUCUCGUUCUGAACAUGGAUAUGAUUCCUAGGAAUUAAUCUUCAGGGGAGUUGCUUACGUUUGACAAAAUAAGUGAGGUGGAAUAAUUGCGUUUAGUAUCAAAGGAUGCCAAGUCACUUUUAAAGUGACGUUUUCGCUCCCGUCACCGCACCGUCGAGUAAUCUUAAAAUCUCCAUUAAUUUUUUUCCAGCGGUCAAAAUCCUCUCUCUGUCAACGUCCGCAGGCUACAGUCACCUCAACUCUUUCUAUGGCCGAUACCUUAGGACUAGCGAUAAGUACUUUGGUAGAGAGGUGUCUCCUUUAUCAAGAUACUCAAUGAAAAAGAUUGAACAAUAGCAGGGGCAACUGUAGGUGUUUUUUUGGGGAGUGUUCGAAAUAUAGUCUGUUUUUAGAAAGUUGACUUUAUUUGCACGCCAAAGAAGGUGAUUUCGAUGGAUUAAUUAAAUAUUUAACAAUUAUUCUUUGAAAUCGAGGUAAAUAUUCCUGAAGCCACUAUUCACCGAGAUUGAAAAGAAUAAUUGUUUUAGUAUAUACACACGAAGUGAUCUCAACAAAAUCAGAGAGGAAACCAUUAAAACGUAUGAUUUGAUUGACAGAUCAGGUCAGCUAGACACGCGACAGUUUAAAAAUAGAUCUUUGUAGAAUUUUCAAACAUGGCAAUUCACAAGCUUAUCACUUCGCAAACAACAGCGUAAUGACUUCAAUGGAACCUCUAAAAGUUUGAAUUGUUUCCUUACCUGAGAAGAAAAGAAGAGCUUUGUUGUUUUCUGUUGACUCGCCAAGUUUAUAGCCGAAUAGGUUUGUUGUGUCGUUCUUCGAAUGAAGUGCUAACAAAAAUGGCGAUUCGGUUCCUCGAGGUAAGACGUCGUCUUCAUGUAGCAUUCUUUUUCCUGUUUACUUGAAACGUAGAAUUUCUGCAAACAUUUGCUUUCAAAUUUGUUUGUCACAAAUAAACUUCGUUGUUGGGCCAAAUUUUUCUUGUUAGGAAACGCUGAGUUCACAAAACGGCCUCUUCUAGGCGAAUAAACGAGAGUUGUAAGCAAUGCAUCGACCACAAAACUCAACAACAGUAAGUGGAAAAACGCCGUUUUGAAUCCUUCGAAGUCUUUUCUUGGCUGAAAAAAAGUCAACCCUAGGAUUUUGUCGACUUUUAAAAGAUCUUUCUCUAAGAAAAUGGGAAAAAAAACGAACUCACACAUUAUCCACUCGCCAGGAGGUGAAUAUUGUUGAACAGUCCGAGAUAGCGAACCAAUCAGAUUGCUUAAAUCACCAAGAUCACUGAGUGUGUAUAUACUAAAUAACAAUUAUUCACCGAAGUGGAGGUGGCUAGUGGCGAAUAUAUCUACCGCCAGUAAAUAUCACACCACUAGCCACCGACACUGAGGUGAACAAUUUUUUAGUAUAUACUAAAACAGUGAGAUAAUUUAGCAAAAAAAUGAUAUUUUUAACUCAUUUGCUGUUGCCAACGAUUAUAAUUUAGGCGCGCAAUGACCGAACGGCCGUCGCAUUUUCUUGCCGACAAAUAAAACUUUUCAAGGCAUUUGUUUAGCUCUUGCGAGGAAAUUUCUUCAAAAGGAGUUGUGAAUUAUUUUAGUAUUUAAAACCAUUCUUUAAAAAUAAAACUUUUAAAUUUAGUUUUAAGCUUAUUUAUGAACAUGUCAGCUAAAUAAUGUAACAAAAAACUUAAUUUGCCUUUGUAAACAAAAAACUUUUUCACCGGGUCAAUCCAUAAAUUCAAGUCAAACAGACAAAGCCUUACCUGUCAAAACUUCCAAACCGAAUUUCGUCAGCUUCUUCGUGUAUAUCAGGAACAGCUUGUUUGAUUAUUUGUGAAAUUUCUUUGUUUGUUACGACAGCAAACCGGGAAACCAUUUUGCUUUCGACGUUUGGCGUCGCUCGCUCGGAGGAACUAGAGGUGAAUAGCACUGGAUAAUCGGAGGUUUAGUAGCCAAUCAGAGCGCGCGAAAAACAGUAUCCACAAAAAAAAAAAUUGUAAAUUGCUUUUUUACCCACGAAGCACUUAAGAGUUCAUAUGAACUGGUUUAAACGUGUCCGUGCGUUCCAGAUCGAAUUGGAAUUUGGAAGUGUUAGUUUUUUAGGAGAGGGGAAAACCUUAUUUUAGUAUAUACUAUUUUGUAUAUACUAAAUAUACAGCUAACUCAAAAAAGGUUGCUUUUGUAAUUGGGCAUUGAGCAGUUGAGCAUAUUGAACAAUACAAUGAUUUACAUGAGGGACCACCAAACAAUAGUUUCCCAAUGCCCAAAGCCCUAUUUCCAAUUCCUAUAGCAAGUUUUAUUGAAUCAGCUAUAUAUAUAUGUUUUAAUUUAGGCCCCAGUGAAAUAUCCUGAGGAGUUCCAAGCUUUGGGACUGACUCAUCCUCCAGGCAUUCUGUUGGCUGGACCGCCAGGAUGUGGAAAAACUCUCCUUGCAAAGGUGAGAGAAACACUGUCAACGUUAUGUAUCGAACAGGUUUGUUCGCCGGCUGUAAAGCUGCGUGAAAUCAGAUUGUUCCCGAUUAUAUUAACAGGACGAUAAUUUUUUUCCUCUCUUCAGGCAAUAGCUAAUGAGUCCGGCAUAAACUUCAUCUCUGUCAAAGGACCUGAGCUACUAAAUAUGGUAUGUUGAACUUAGGUAUCAAAAAGUUGUUGCAAAAAGUAGAACAAAAUUCUACGUUCUACAACAACCUUUCUCAACCUACAACAUCUGAGUUGUUUCAAGACAGGUUCGAUUUGGAUUCGUUAAUGGAAAAACGUGCCACAUCGCUCUUUUAAGUCUUAAGCAGCAUUAGGGCCAUUUAUACGAGGAAAAAUAAGACGCGUCUUACAUAAGACGCGUCUUAAAUAAGACGCGAAGCGUAUAAACGGCACAUUUCGUCUAAAAUAAGACGCGGCUUAGCUAAACGCGUCUUAUUAGAUAAGACAUGCUCGUAUAAAUGGUAUAGUUCGCGUCUUAUUUUUCCUCGUAUAAAUGGCCCUAAUGUUUCAAAACAAGUCUCAAAAAUAGGCGCCAAGCAAAACCAUAAAACCCGAACUUUCAACAGUAUCAGCAUUUAUUUAUACACGAUAAAAUAUGUAGCAGAGCUCAUGUGAUCGUGUUGAAACUAAAAAUAUUUUCAAAAUCAUUAACAAAAAUCAGCACAACUAUUUACAAUAAACUAUUUGCAUAAAAAAGGCGACUUUUUAACGUCUUUUUAAAAGAGUCAAUAGUUGAUAUCUCCCGUGUUCGACUAUCUGGAAAGUUCCACGAUGUUAGAGCUUUAUAGCCGCUGGACUUAGGAAGUAGUUCUGUCUUGAGGAUAGGUGCCUCAAACGUAAGCUUUCUUCGAGUGAUAACUGUAGAUCAGUCUUAUUCAGUAUGGGAUCACUUUCUUUUACCCUUAAAACGGCUAAAAAUCCCUUUUUCUUUCUUUGCUUCGUCUUUGUUUUUUUCUUUUCCUGUUCCUUCAGCUUCAGAACGUUCCUCGUGGCUCUCGUUACUAACCUUAAGUUGUAGCUGAAGGAGUCCUAACUCUUGGCACAAGUCUUCAACAGUAGCAUCGUCUUUGAUGAUCUCUUUCACCAGAAUUUCCCGCUUUAAAACGUUACUGCUUUCCUCUACAUAGGUGCUGUCCAAAUUCUCGAGAUUGAGUAAGGUGGAUGGCAACGUUAUUGUAUGGACGCAUUUGCUUUCCUCGCCAAACCAUUCACAUUCGUUGAUCCCAUCUAGUAAACCCACCUCAUGCAUGCGUUGAAAGUCCGUACAUAAGCCUGGCAUGACGUCGGGUUUGCGCUUUUGAGGUAUGGGCACUAGCAUGACACCAACCCGUGCUGUUAUGUUGUUCUCCUUCAAAUGAGCUUUCAAUAGCUCACGGUAUAUUAAACUCUGGUAAAGAGGUGUUUUGAAAAAUGUAGCUUUAUCCCACCAUUUUUUUGGAUCUUUUAAAGCGUCGUUUGAAGAUGACUUCCAGUCAACGACAAGAACUUCGAGAUCUGAAUCUUUUUCUCUAUAUAAAGCUAGAGCGUCCAUCUGUCCACUAUAGAAAUCUACCUUUGAUUUUUUGGUAGAAUAGCCACAGAUACUUACUUCUGCCUUAAAAAAAUUGCAUCUAAAUUUUUCUUCUAUCUCGUUUAACAGCUGGCCUUCUGCACCGCUUCUGUCGCCGUUUUCGAUGCGCUCUGCCAAAUUUUGGUGAAUAAUUUGUCCUUUCUCUUGUGGUGAUUUUCCUUUGAAGUUUUCUCCGAGCUCUGCUUUAAGUUUGAAGAUUGUUGUCCGAAAUGAAUCCCUCACCACUUUUCCUUUUUCUUUUACGGUUUUUUCUCUGAACUACCCGCCACAUGGGAAAAAUAGAUCAAAAUUAGCAAGAGUGAAUAAUAACAAACAUUAAAAGCCCGUUUACGCAAGCGAUUUGUCGCUCGUUAUAUGCGUUUACUUGCUCGAAAUUCCAUGCGAUUUAUCGCAGUGAUUUUCAUCUGGAGAGUUACCAAAAACCUACCUUCACAAACAGUGUUCACAUUAGAUGCGCCUUUAAUACAGGAACUUUUGCACAAAGAUUGGCAAUCCUCAUAAAGAAAAAAAUCGCCCACGUAAACGGCCAUGAAAGUUGUCAAAUCGUUAUAAAUCUUACAUCGGGUGCUAUCAAGCGCGCUGCUGUUGAAGGCUCUUUAAAGUUGCACUUUGUUAGCACUCUUGGUUUCAAUUCGUUUUGAUCCUCUUUCAGUCUGCCCAGAACUUCCAGAAUUCGUGCUUCAUCGUCGGGAUAACCUCCAGCUGCCAUUGUCGAUUUAAGUUCCCUUCAUUUUUUUAAAUAUUAUUUUUUAGAAAAUGGUCCUCAGUAACUUAUAAAUGUCGGGGUACCAUUUUUAGAGAGAUUUAAAUUGAGAUUUUUAGAUCCAAUGAUCUCAAUGUACCCUAUCUUUUCAUCUAUUGGAAUCGGAACUGCAUUAAGCCGUCUGAAAUGAAUUUUUGUUUUCGAAAAAGCAAAAUAUUCGUGUCAUAGUCUGAUAAAAUUGACUCACUUCCGUAUAAGCAGGUUCGUGGUCUGUUUCAGUCAAUUUUUUUUCAUGUAUUAUUCAAAAGCGUUGUUUUUAAAUAUUGAUGACCAGUCACGAUCUUCAGCGGGUGCAGCUCACGGCAUGACGACUAAUUAUGUUUUAUCAAGCUCUGCUCUGUUAUUAAUAUGCUAAAGUUUGAAGUAGGAUGACAGUCGUCUUCGCUAAAAAACAAGUUUUCUGGAUUUCGCCGAGCAAAACUUGAGGUGGCUCCGUCAUUAAUACAGGCGCAUUUAGCUGUGACGAAGUUUUCGUCGUAACUUUUCGUUUUUAACGCGAUGGCUGAGAAACUUUGCAAAGAACAACGUAUAUCAUUGAGCAAUAGUACAAAAUAUUCCAAUUUCUUUGAUGGUAAAUAUAUUUUGAUAAAUUAGCGCUUCAAAGGACCCUACCGUUCAAAGAAAAUCGCGUCUAGUAAAAAAUGUUGCUGAUAUUUUUUACUAAAAUUUCUGGUAUCGGCUUCUAUUUCUCAUUUUAUCUCAAUACACCCCAACUUUUCUGUGGCUAAUGAAUAAGUUAAAAUGGUUAUGAUUAUUUGUUUUUGUAUCCCUAAUUUCCAGUGAUGUCCUUUGGCGUUUCAUAAAAAAGAAAAGAAAAUCAUCUCAUAUUUUUUUGUACAGUGCGUUCGAAUAUUGAUAGCUGAAAAAUACUGCUAAGAUCAAUUCAUUUUAAUUUAGUUGAAUAACUCGUUUCCUUAGCAAAGUUCUGUUGUUCGGUUUUUUCCAUUCAUUUUUCCUGUAUUAUUUACAAGCGUCGCUUUCAAAAAUUGAUGAGUUCCAUCGUAUAAUUUGCCCUUGCUCGAGGGCAAAUGUGUUAUUAACAUGAAAGGAAGUUAUGAAAAGUUCUUAAAUUUAAUAUGUCAGUUGUUUGAUUUCCACCAAUGAAAUGAUUACACAACAUUUUCUAUUAAGCCGUAGGCGGGUGGUAGGAAAACUAAGAGCCCCUAAAGUUAGACCAAAGUUCACAACUCGGUUAGUUCGUAAUUACGUAAAAUUCCGAAAAUAAGCCCCUUCAUGUAUACGCCCCCUAAACCUGUAACACAAAAAACCCUCCGUUAAAUCGCCCCUACGAAUAUAAGCCCCCGCGGAGGCUUGUACUUGGAAAUUGCCCUCAUAAAAAAAGUGAAACAAAGCAGAAACGGUAAAUUUCCUUCCUACCAUAAACUAGCCCAAUCGAUUCUGAAACGCAAAUUUCCCUCCGUACACAAGCCCCUCAAAAAGGGCCUUUAAAAAAUAUAAACCCCUGGGCUCAUUUUCGGAAUUUUCCGGUAACCUACUCACCAACCCGACUCUGUCUGGUGCUGCUCUUAGGGGUGUCUCAGAACUUGGUUAGCCCCCUUCAGCCAGGGUUUUUGACAGUUUUUUAAAUUAGCGAAUUUGUGCGGCUUCUUUUUUUUUUUUUUAGCCGUACGGCGGAUUAGGAGAGGCGAGUGUGCUAGCCUCUGGGAGAGGGGUUGAGGAGCAUUUUGCCCUGGAAAAUGGCCUGUUUAUCGUAUCGAUCGAGAACUCCACGCACUGUAAAGUUUAGAGCUUAAAUUUGGACUUAAGUUCAAAGUUCUGACAAAAUGCCUGUUAGAAUCCUUUUUGAUCUGCUUGCUCUUCCGUGUGUUUAGGUUGUCUAAAGCGUAUUUUAAUGCUCUGACAUCUUUAUAACAUUUUUAACCUUCUCUGCCAUGUUGGUACUGAGACAUAGGGAACGUUGUCAUGACAAUUUUGUAAUUUCACAUGUGAAAUUACAAAUUAACGCUGACAUAUUUUGUCAGCCAUGAUAUUAUGAUAUUUGACUGUCCAGCGUUGCCGAGACCUGAAACAGUUCCUUGGGCAAUUAUACUAUCUUAAACAUCCCAAUUUUAUUUCAAUGUGUCUUGAUUCUCACUUGAAAUAAUGAUUAAAGACCUUGUAAUCUUUUUCUAACGUUGUCAUCCUUUAGACGACAACGUCAUGGGUUCCUUAAGGCAAGGAAAACAAAAAACGAGAACAAAGACAGGAACAAGAACGGAACAAAGAAACCUUUAAAUAAUAUAUGGCAUAAACGUACGAUUUAGGCCCCGUCGACUCGUAUCCGGAGAUUUUUGUAUCCGCAAAUUUUUUUAUGCGGAUACAAAAAUAUCUGCGUCCACACGUAGCGUAUACGAAUCGUAUACGACCGUCCAAACGUAUCCGAUUCGUAUCCGGACAUCUCAAGGAUUAGUCAAAUCUCCCGCGGAAAAAGACUGGUUCUGAUACUGUGACGUCAGCGUAUACAAAAAUAUACGGAUACGAGCGUCCACACGUAUCCGGAUACACAGCGUACACAGAAAUUUCCACUCUGGAGAGCGUAUACAGAAAUCUCCGGAUACACCGAGCGUAUACGGCGGACACGUGUGGACGCUAGGUGUAUCCGCAUAAAAAAAUUUGCGGAUACAAAAAUCUCCGGAUACGUGUGGACGGGGCCUUAUUUUUUCCGUGAUGUUCAGUUUUGUUUGGUUUAAUUUGGGGUCAACAAAAACUUACUGAAACCGAUGCGAAAAAGAUUGUGCGCAUGAAAAAUAACAUAACUUAACUGCUUUCGGAGUGAAAUUAAUCAGGAGGAGUGUGGACAUGACCUUGAUCUUAUGCGAGUUAAAAUAGCUGCAGCAGUCUUUUUUUUUUUUACGAUGUAUACCCGCAUGUCUUUUCUAUUGCAAAGUGCAUUUGAUUUUACAAUUUCUCUUUCCUCCUGUUAUAUUUGUCAGCUGUAACGAUUGUUAGGAACCUCGGGACGUGGCUUGAUACGAACCUCACCAUGUCUGCACACAUAAAUGAAACGUGCCAAGCUGCUAUUUAUCAUCUGUAUAACAUUAAACGCAUUAGCAGGUAUUUGAGUUAUGAUGACAGGAAGUCUAUAGUUCAAGCAGUAAAAAAUGUCACGUAUAGUGACACAUGUCACGUUCCAUCCACCUAGCUAAGUAAAUUACAGCGUUUACAAAAUGCAGCGGCUCGCCUUGUUAGUAACGUCGCAAAGUAUGAUCACAUUACUCCUACACUUGUUAAUUUACAUUGGCUUCCAUUAACGUAUAGGGUAAAUUUUAAGAUAGCAGUGCUUGCUCAUAAGUGUAUUUAUGGCACCGCACCCGAAUACCUUAAGGAUCUAAUAAAAGUUAAGAGUAACACCAGAUAUAAUCUUAGAUCGGACGGGGAGAUGUUACUCGAGGAUUAUAGUGCACGAUCAAAGAAGACACUUGGAGACAGGACUUUCACAGUAGCCGCCCCUAGAAUCUGGAACAUUUUACCGAAGGACAUUAGGAAACAGGACAACUUAUUAUACUUUUAAGAAACAGCUAAAGACUUAUUAUUUUAAACUUGUAUAAAAUUUUUAAUUAUACAUAGGUGUAUAGUAAUUUUACUCUCUUUUUUAUCAAUUUUAACGAAACAUAUAACAUUUCUUUUAGUUAUAAUUAUUGUAAGUAAUAGGUUAAGUACGAAAUAAUUAAGUUAGGUGUCAUUUGCGGAUAUAUUCAUGUUUAAUUCGAUAAUUAAUAUAUUUUUAGUUAGCUUUAAUAGUUUGUAAUGCGCAUUUGAUCAUUUGAUAUAUGUUAAUUUGCGCAAUACCAAAUAAUAAAUAUUAUUUAUUAUUAUUAUUAUUAUUAUUAUUAUUAUUAUUAUUAUUAUUAUUAUUUUACAUACCGGCAUUUGUUAAGUUCACUGACGUAACUUGUCCAUGUUGUGCUAGGUACCGAUAGGUGCCAACAGUUACACCCUUUCCUCCUGUUAUAUUUGCCAGAACGUGACAACCUGUGGGGUAGUCAUUCAUUUAUAACAUUAGAGUCCAAGUUAGCCGCUUAUCUUCAGUUGAUGGUAUUGCAUUGUAGUUGUUGUCCUGAUUUGUCAAAUAAAUUCGUAAUCUGAGAACCUUUGAAGGUUUUCUCUGGUUUGUACCUUUCGUUUUCCUAAGCUCUAUUUUGUUGGCUUCUUUGAUUUCUAUGUUUUACGUCAUCCGUGAGUGAUACAGUUUCUUUCACGGAGGAUAAACUAGAAUUUUUGCCCGCCCGAUAUACGCUUUCGGCCCAAUGCUGUUUAAAAAUUCGAAAUUUACAUGAAUGUAUGGGUCAUAGCUCUUUUGCCUUCUAGCAUCCCCUCAAUAGGCCAUUUCCAAGUUCCAAAAACUCUCGCUUUCAAGACGAGGCUAAGUGCAAACCUUUCUUGUGAAAAUGAGUUUUAUUUGUACGAGAAUAAAAAAUGAUGUUCAUAUCAGUAGAUUCGCACUUAGACUCGCUUUGAAACAGAGGUUAGGAACAACUCGAAAUUGAGUUUUUUUUAACACGCAUCUCCCAGCGACUGAAGAAAUCUUUUUCUGUGUUAUAUCUCAGUAUGUAGGUGAGAGUGAGCGAGCUGUCAGGCAGGUAUUUCAGAGGGCAAGAAAUUCUGCACCUUGUGUGAUUUUCUUUGACGAACUGGACGCGCUUUGUCCCAGGAGAUCGGACAGCUCUGGGGUAAACAUUCCUAACUUUCUUUAAUUUUGCCAGUAGCAAAAACUUAAGUAUUAUUUGAAUACAUUUAGUAUACACUAUUGAUCGUGGCUCGUGGGCCGGGUAGAGAGUAGAGAGCUUUAGAUUCGACGACGAGGACGAAUACGAGUACGAGAUUUUCUCAAUACUAAGUAGCGCACGCGCGUGAACCAGCGUCAUUUUGGCGGGAAAACGUGAUAGCCGUCGUCAUUCUACAACGGGUUUUAGCGAGAAUGUCGUAGUGGCGGGAACAAGUUAUCAAAUGUAAGAGGUUUUAUCAUUUUGCCAUCGAGAGAGAGAGAGCUUAAGAAUAACUUCCUUCUGUAUAAAUAACCGUACUAACCUUUUUGGUGAAAAAAGUGAAAUGAAGCUUUCCGUGCUGUCUUUUUUUAGAACACGCACUAAACUUUAAGUUAAAUCUCGUACUCCUCGUCCUCAAAUCUAAAGCUCUCUCAUAUUUCGACCAAUUCUAUGCGCUUAUAUUACCAUAGCCUGCGUAGCAAGCUCGGAGCAAUGAAAGAGAAACUAGAGUCAAAGACCGCGUGAAAAAUGGGGCGAGUGAAAGAGCGGGGAGGGUGUUGAAGGGGAAUUUUGAAGGGCUGGGGAGGGUGGGGAAUAUUUUGGCUCUCGUUCCAUUUCUCGCGCGGCCAAAACAGAAACUCCCGUUCUUCGGUCUUUCUUUGCUCCGAAACCAAACGGAAACGCUUGCUACGCAGGCUUUUAUCACCACUCCUCUGCAUUCAUCUGUACCCAGCUGCACCCCUGCAUGGCGUUUGCUUAACGCUUUAAGCCCCAAAUAUCCACAUGCUAAUUCUCCAGACUGAUCGCCAUACAUUUCCUCAAAGAAUUAGCUGACAGAAUUUGAUAAAAGAUCAAAGUACUUUCAAUUUGAUGAUUAUUUUAAUAGUUCUCAUAACCUUUUGUCUUAAUUGUGCAGUCAUAUUGUUGGGAGGAAAUUGAUGUUGGUCUCUCUUGGGACUUGCAGGGUUGUGUUUGUCUUUUCAUAAUGAAGGAGAAGGUCAUGGAUAGCGUAGAAUUUAGGAAUUUUAACUGACUGUGGCAAUUUUUUUUAAAACACUUUGGAUUCCCCGUGUUUUUUUCGUGGGGUGGAAGGGCAAGGGAGGAAGUUUGGUUACUUUUUUGUCGUGGUUCCUUCUACAGUAGAACCUCGGCGAGGGAAGCGAGCCAAUCGGUCCCCUCUCCCUAGUCUCCCCUUCCUAGUGUUGUUUCAGCCUGUUUUUUGCCUUUUUCCUCCAGUACGGAACUUGGUCUCAGGCUGUCGAAUGCAGAGACAAACGGCUUACUCAUCUCUAUCCUAUAAAUCGUAGAUCACAGUGGCAGAUCACCCCCCCCCCCCUCCUUACUUUUAGACCAAACUGAGGUCCGUAAAAAAUUGGCAUUAGUCGCCUCUUUAUAAUUUACAGUUCUUUUUUAAUUUCCAAACUAAGCAAAUAGCCAGUAAAAUCUCUUUCAUAAUUACCAAUCUUAUCCCGUAAUGGUACAUAUAAUAAAAGGCUAGAUUGCUUAAAAAUGUAUCAGUUUGCAGCUUUUGUAAAUUCUCUUGUUCUUCCGAUCAAAAGUUGUCGUUCUUGUUUUUUCAUUUCAAGUCCAGCGUAAAUGUGCGAGUGGUGAAUCAGCUAUUGACUGAGAUGGACGGACUAGAAGCCAGAAAACAAGUGUUCAUAAUGGGAGCUACCAAUCGACCAGGUAGAUAACCAAGCCUUUACUUUUCAGGACGAGACUGUAAGAUAGAAACCUUUUCGAAGAAAUAAAAAGGAAGGCAUCUGUGCACUGAUUUCCCUGUUUAACCCCUUCAUUCCUUGUAGCGAACAAAGCCAUUAAGAGAAUUUGAUGACUGAUAUUAUAAGGGGCGGGUAUUACUAAAACAGAGAACGGGAUACAGGAAAUUGAAAAAUGGGAGCAAGACAGAGAAUGGGUGAUGAUUUGCUGAUUGAGCUUUGGUGUAAGUUUUUUUUUUUGCAUUUUCAUUUUCCCGUUCCCCGUGUUCGGUCCUUGGUUCCUGGUCCCCGUUCCUUGUGUCCCGUUCUCCGUUCUCCGUUCUCCGUUCGCCGUUGCCCGUUCUCUGUUCCCCGUUUUCCCGUUUCCCGUUCCUCGUUCUCCGCUUCCCGUUCUCCUCGUUCUUCGUUUUUCAUUAUUCUUUUCGUUUAUAAGCUACUGAACAACGAAGCGAUUGUUUGGAAGUACAUCAUUUCUUUCGAAUGAAAAAACAAAAGUUAGAACUUCUCGAUGUUUCCAUGUUUUGACUGAUGGUAGUGGAAGAGUUAAACAAAUGAUUCAGUCAGCUUAUGGUUUCAAAGGCAAAAUUUGUUUUUGUUUUUUCCCCUGUGUAUGUUUUUAGCGUGUUAUGUUCCUUGCACAGGAGAGAGCAUUUACAGGUGUAUUCAGCUAAGGGUGGAAAAUUGUAAAUGGUUCUAAAACGAUAAGAAAUUCAGAGGUUGCAGAAAGGCUUUUAUACUCUUGACGCUUUUCGUUGUAGACAUCAUUGAUCCCGCUGUUUUAAGACCUGGUCGCCUCGACAAAGUGCUAUAUGUUGGAUUACCGAGCGUGGAGGACAGAGAAGACAUUUUGAGAACGAUAACAAAGGUGAGGUAAUUAGCAGAAAAUAUUGUGGUAUGACUUGAAACCUUCCUUUAGUAAAGAAGUUUUGAAACGAGAAAUCUCAUGAUCCCAAUGAUUUCCGUAGUACUAAAGUGUCACGCGAAGAAGCAGCUUUUUUUCGGCCUAUGAAAAAUUUCGUUCGUUCGGUAUGGGACUUGAUGAGUCUAAUCUCUCCCCCCUCGCCCCUCAACCCAAAAAUCCUCCCUCCUCCUCCCCCCUCUGCUCCAGGACUGAAAUUAGCAAAAAUACGCUGAAUUGGCAACAAAAAGCAAGAAAUGAAACAAUAACAACAACAACAACAACAAAAGCAACAAAAAGAUCAAAAGCUAACGUGAAGAGGAAAAAGUAUAUAUAAAAAAGCAAAACUGACAGGAAAUAGACUUGAAUGAAGUAGGGUGAUAGGGCAGAAAUGCCUCGUGACUAGAAAGUUUGAGAAGUAAAAGAUCAAAGCUUGGGGCAAGGGAAAUUCUCCUUCCUCCACCCCCCUUCCCCCGCCCCAACACACACUAAAAGAACCAAUGUGAAUACAGUUGAACUUUACAACCAGUGACGCACUGUUCAACUUGGGUGAUCAGCAACUGUUUAAUUGUUUAUCCUGGCAUACUGACUCUUGAAUUGGCCAUUCAAGAUGUUCCACGUUGUUGAGCGAUGAUGUUCUAUUCCGUUCAAAAAAGAAAUGCUGCUUGUCGGUUGAACAACAACUUUGCCCGUUUUUUUUGUUGAGCAACAAAUGCCAAGCGAUGUUGAACCGUGGCUCAUUGGCUCAUUGGCUUAACACAAAUGACAAAGACUUCUGUAAAAACUGAUCAGUACCUUAACAAAUGCGGUUUAAGGCCGGAUAAACUCAGACUUUAAUCUGCAAAUCAAAGUAGUAAAUUCUAAUUUUUUGGUUACUUGACGACUUGAUCUCUUUAGGACGGAAAGAAACCUCUCCUGUUGUCUGAUGUUAACAUCAAGGAUAUUGCAAAUGAUGAGGGAUGUGAUGGGUUAUCGUGAGUGUCUCAGUAUACAUUUGUUAUUUAAUCAUUCGGAAAGGCCCUCGUCAAAGUGACAACGCUCCAAUUCGUUGGGUGAACCGAACUUUCUGACAUUCAAUCGUUCUUUAUAUUGUCUUACUUGUUUUAGACCGACAGGUGGGCUUUUUCAAGCUGACAGUAUGUUUUCAGAGUGCUGAUGUGCUUCCACUCACUCCCUUGAGAAAGCAUUUUGAAGGCCGGAAAGAGUUUCGUUGUGACUGGCAAUUAUUGGACACUUCUCAGCAUUUGAUAUGUUUCAUGUAAAAUGAUUCAAGAGGUUGAAGCUUCAAGAAGAAUUUUAGAAAUUUAACACAUCAGGUUCUACAAGGGUGGGAAUAGGGUUGAACCGAGGCGAUCGUAAAUUCACCUGAGCACAAGAUCAGAGGGGAGGGUCACCUGAUUUUGAGACGGUCCGAGGUCGCUCGCACCUUGUCUUGGGCCUCGAAAUUUUCGCCGCGCGGUCUGUGCAUUUUGGAUAGGUCAUAUGAUGUUAGCGAGGUCUAGGUUUCGCCUCUAGAAAUGAAUUGACCCCGCGGGUCAAAGACCGCACAGGAUAGAGGAAACCUUGCACCUAGAAGGGGUUUUGCUCAUGUCAAGUUUGGAAUCCUUUCCGCACACCCUCCACCCCCUCCCAACUCCCCCUUCCUAUUUGUCAAGGAUUUUCUUUUACUAGUUUUCUCUGCUUUUCUUUAAGCCAAUCUGAUCAUGAGUAGUGUCUAAACGCCUGAUCUUAGAACGCUGUCCCACUUUGGAAUUUUCUUUAGUCUCAACCUUGUACAGCUUUAACAAUCACUCAUGUUUCCUUGCUUUGUUCAGGGGGGCCGACCUAGCUGCAUUGGUGCGUGAAGCUAGCAUGGCAGCCUUACGUGAGUGUAUCAAUGUGCGAUCAACUAACCACGUGACGAGUGACGAAGAUCACCCUUCAAUUCAAAGUCCUGUGGGGGUGGGAAUGAGGCAUUUUUCUGCAGCUUUUCAGAAAGUAAAGCCGUCAGUUAGCAAAAAGGUGAGAACCCAGUAA